AUGUCGCAACGCGCAACCUCCGACGGCCUUGUAGGCUUCACCGAAUCCACGGCGCCAGUCCGGCCACCAAAAGAUGCGCCGGAGGCCUUCAACCCGCCUGGCACAUCCCAUGUCGAGAAAGGCGCCAUGGCGCAACAGCAGCAAGAACUGCAGCAGCAGGGCCAUGGCGUGGCCGUGAAGAACGCAAAGUCGUGGUCGCACAUUGUGGCAGGAGCAGUCGGCAGUUUGGCCGCCGCAACAGCGACAGCGCCCUUUGAUGUCAUCCGCACACGUCUCCAGUCCGAUUUCUACCAGAAGCAACUGCGCGCCUCGCAGAUUGCCCGUCCAGCGUCACGAAACCCCAUCGUCGCCGUCUCAAAACACCUCGGCGAGACGAUGCAAAUCUUUGUCACGGUCAAGCGCGUCGAGGGCUGGCGGGCGCUCUUCAAGGGCCUGGGCCCGACGCUCGUCGGCACCAUGCCCGCCAAGUCCAUCAACUUCUUUACGUACGGCAACGGCAAGCGCAUCAUUGCCGAGCAGGCCCACGUCAGCCAGGACACGCCCUGGGUCCAGCUCGUCGCGGGCAUCUUUGCGGGCCUGGUGACGUCGACGGCCACCAACCCCAUUUGGCUGAUCAAGACGCGCAUGCAGCUCGACAAGAACAGCGCUGACGCCAACCGCGGCAUCGAGCGCCAGUACAAGAACAGCGCCGACUGCGUGCGCCAGGUGCUGCGGAACGAGGGCAUCCGCGGCCUCUACAAGGGCAUGACCGCCAGCUACCUGGGUGCCGCCGAGUCCACGCUGCACUGGCUGCUGUACGAGCAGAUGAAGCGCGGGCUGGAGCGCCGCAAGGCGCGCAUCGUUGCCCAGGGCCGCAAAGAGAACGCCUGGGACCAGUUCGUCGACUGGAUGGGCCCGCUGGGCGGCGCCGGGGCGGCCAAGCUGUUUGCCUCCCUCCUCACCUACCCGCACGAGGUCGUGCGCACACGGCUGCGGCAGGCACCCAUGGCCGACGGCCAGCGCAAGUACACGGGUCUCGUACAGUGCUUUGUGCGCGUGUGGCGCGAGGAGCGCAUCCCUGGCCUCUACGGCGGCCUGACGCCGCAUCUCUUGCGGACGGUGCCUGCGGCCGGUAUCACGUUCGGUAUCUACGAAAUCGUGCUCAAGAUGCUCAACGCGCCAGAGCCAUUAUAA